CUUGGAAUUCAUUGCGUAGUUCAGGAUGUCUUCAAACUUUUUGAGAUUCCACAGAAAUAAAAGGCCAAAGACUCUGGAGCCAGCCAACCACACUUUUCACAAUGGAUUUUCACGACUCAGGCUGCAGAUGCCGCCUGAUAGGGCACCGGCGUCGGUCAUAUUGGAGCCCUCAGCCUUGCGGUUGCAGUCCUCGGCGCUCCCGGGCCCAGGACAGCAUGGCAAGGACUAGGCAUCACAGAGAUCUGGCGAUUUGCAUUGCUGCGUUGCUGGCUUCCUUCCUCGCUGGCUUUUCUAUGGGCUGGUUUAUUAAGCCUCUCAAAGAAACAACUACUUCAGCUCGUUACCAUCAAAGUAUGCAGUGGAAAAUCUUAUCUGAAAUGAAAGCUGAAAACAUUAGAUCAUUUCUUCGUUCCUUUACAAAACUUCCACAUUUGGCAGGAACAGAACAAAAUUUAAUGCUUGCCAAGGAAAUCCAAACACAGUGGAAGAAAUUUGGAUUAGAUUCAGCCAACUUAGUUCAUUAUGAUGUUCUCUUAUCUUACCCAAAUGAGACGAAUGCAAACUAUGUAUCAAUUGUGGAUGAACAUGGACUUGAGAUUUUUAAAACAUCAUACCUUGAACCACCACCAGAUGGAUAUGAAAAUGUUACAAACAUCGUACCACCAUAUAAUGCGUUUUCAGCCAAUGGCAUGCCAGAGGGAGAACUUGUAUAUGUCAACUAUGCUCGCACUGAAGACUUCUUCAAACUGGAAAGAGAGAUGAACAUCAACUGCACUGGAAAGAUUGUUAUUGCAAGAUAUGGGAAGAUCUUUCGAGGAAAUAAAGUUAAAAAUGCCAUACAGGCUGGAGCCAUAGGAAUCAUCCUGUAUUCUGAUCCCGCUGACUACUUUGCCCCUGAGGUACAGCCCUAUCCCAAAGGAUGGAACCUUCCUGGAGCUGCAGCACAGAGAGGAAAUGUCUUAAACCUGAAUGGGGCAGGUGACCCACUCACUCCAGGUUAUCCAGCUAAAGAGUACACCUUCAGACUGCCUGUUGAAGAAGGAAUAGGGAUUCCGAACAUACCUGUACACCCAAUUGGAUAUAAUGAUGCAGAGAUACUGUUACGAAACUUGGGAGGAACUGCUCCACCAGACAAAAGCUGGAAGGGAACUCUAAACGUUAGUUACAAUAUCGGGCCUGGCUUUACAGGAAGUGAACAUUCCAGGAAAGUUAGAAUGCAUGUAAAUAACAUUAACAAAAUCACAAGAAUUUACAAUGUAAUUGGAACUAUCAAAGGAUCUAUGGAACCUGAUAGGUAUGUCAUUCUGGGAGGUCAUCGUGACUGCUGGGUGUUUGGAGGUAUUGACCCUACCACUGGGACUGCAGUUUUGCAAGAGAUUGCCCAAAGUUUUGGAAAACUCAUGAACCAAGGCUGGAGACCCAGGAGAACAAUCAUUUUUGCCAGCUGGGAUGCAGAAGAGUUUGGACUGCUGGGUUCAACUGAAUGGGCUGAAGAGAAUGCAAAGAUCCUACAGGAGAGAAGCAUUGCUUACAUCAACUCAGAUUCAUCUAUAGAAGGCAAUUAUACUCUACGAGUUGACUGUACUCCUCUUCUUUACCAGUUGGUGUAUAAAGUGGCGAGAAAGAUCUCCAGCCCUGAUGAUGGUUUUGAAAGUAAAUCACUUUAUGAAAGUUGGCUGGCAAAAGACCCUUCACCUGAAAAUAAAGAUUGUCCUAGAAUCAAUAAGCUGGGAUCUGGAAGUGAUUUUGAGGCUUAUUUUCAAAGGCUUGGAAUUGCUUCAGGCAGAGCACGCUACACUAAGAACAGGAAAACAGAUAAAUACAGUAGCUAUCCUGUAUACCACACCAUCUAUGAGACAUUUGAAUUAGUAGAGAACUUUUAUGAUCCCACAUUUAAAAAACAACUUUCUGUGGCUCAGUUACGAGGAGCAUUGGUGUAUGAGCUUGCAGACUCUGUUAUCAUUCCUUUCAACAUUCAAGACUAUGCAAAAGCAUUGAAAACCUAUGCAGGAAGUAUCUUCAAUUUAUCCAGGAAACAUGAACAGCAACUGAGAAACCAUGGAGUGUCAUUUGAUGCCUUAUUUUCUGCUGUGACAAACUUUUCAGAGGCUGCUUCAGAUUUUCAUAGAAGACUCACACAAGUUGAUCUUACUAAUCCUAUUGCAGUGAGAAUUAUGAACGACCAACUGAUGCUUCUGGAAAGAGCAUUCAUAGAUCCCCUUGGUUUACCUGGGAGGCAGUUCUACAGGCACAUCAUCUUUGCUCCAAGUAGCCACAACAAAUAUGCUGGAGAAUCUUUCCCUGGGAUUUAUGAUGCCAUGUUUGAUAUUGAGAAUAGAGCAGACCCUCACUUGGCCUGGGCAGAAGUGAAGAAACAUAUUUCUAUUGCAGCUUUCAUGAUUCAAGCAGCAGCAGGGACACUGAGAGAUGUGUUAUGAAGUUUCUGUCAAGUAAUUUUAUCACUAACAGUACUGCAGAAUGUUUGAGCAUGAAACUGUUGGAGGGAGGUCUUGCUC